AGGCGGGCCACCAGACCUCCGCCGGGUCAUGGGGUACCGGCGACGCCGUGUCCCGUACCCCCCGCGUUCGCGGUGGCGGUACUCACCGUGCCGGACAGGGUGCGUUCGGGAACAUGUGUCGUGGUGGGAGAAUGUUCGCCCCCACCAAGAUCUGGCGCCGCUGGCACCGUAGAAUCCCUGUGAAUCAGAAGAGGUUCGCCACGGCUUCUGCCAUAGCUGCCUCCGCUGUUCCUUCCCUCGUUGCUGCUCGUGGACACCGGAUCGAGACUGUGCCGGAGAUCCCUCUUGUGAUCUCCGAUUCCGCCGAGGGAAUUGAGAAGACAUCCAACGCCAUCAAGAUUCUCAAGGAGAUUGGUGCGUGUGCUGAUGCGGAGAAGGCAAAAGAUAGCCAGGCCAUCCGCGCCGGAAGAGGCAAGUUGCUACAUAUCUCGCAAGGGGCCUUUGAUUGUUUAUGCUACUGAGGGUGCUAAGCUGGAGAGGGCCUUCCGGAACAUUCCCGGGAUAGAUAUCUGUCAUGUUAGCCGUCUGAACAUUCUUAGGCUUGCUCCUGGUGGCCAUCUUGGACGCUUUAUAAUCUGGACGAAGUCUGCAUUUGAAAAACUGGAUGAGAUUUAUGGGUCUUUUGAUAAGCCUUCUCUGGUGAAGAAGGGUUAUGUCUUGCCAAGGCCAAAGAUGGCCAAUGCCGAUCUUGCUAGGAUCAUCAAUUCUGAUGAGGUGCAGACCUGCCAAGAAGGGAGUGAAGAGAGCUGUUCGCAAGAACUUUUCAUGCACCCCGAAAGUGAUUAGGGG